AUGACUGUUAAUAUUGCCAGGAAAUUUGUCGGUUCUGUUAAAGACGACUGGCAAUUGUAUAGCGACCGUUCCACGGACUACACUAUUGGAUCUCCUAUAGGUUUCGGAGCAUCAUCUGUGGUUUAUGCUGCUGUCUACAACCCUCCCCUGCCAGGGCCACGACGUCCUAUGCCAUGCGCGUUGAAAGUUCUUGACUUGGACGUGCUGCCCCCUCAUUCGCUGUCUUUGUUACAACGGGAGACACAACUAAUGUCUCUGUCAAAGCACCCAAACGUGCUACGUGUACGCGGUAGCUGGAUGGAUGGCCAUAAGUUAUAUAUUGCCCUCCGCCUUAUGAACAAGGGGAGCGCCGCCGACAUAAUGCAUUACGGCUGGCCCGGUGGAAUGGAAGAAGAGGUUGUUAAAUGCAUCCUCAAGCAAGCUCUUGAAGGCCUCAACUACCUGCAUAUUAACGGAUUUAUUCACCGCGACGUAAAAGCUGCUAAUCUUCUUGUCGAUGAUGACGGCACAGUUUUGCUAGGGGACCUUGGGGUAGCCGCAUCCCUCACAGAUGAUGCUGAUGUGUCCAGUAGAUCUUAUAUUGCUGCUGGCAAUCGUGUUAUCAACUUUGACCCUGUCUCUGCUGCCAAUAACUCCUCUCCUGCAUCCCCACCUGCGCGUCCUGGUAUGGGGAAACGAAAAUCGUUCGUUGGGACUCCCUGCUGGAUGGCGCCGGAGCUUAUUCAGGGUCAUCAAUACGAUUCGAAGGCUGACAUCUGGGUCGCCCUCCACGAUCGAGAGAAAGUGCUCAUAAUGUCCUUCUGCAAACGCAAGUUUCAAGGUAAACCUCCGAAGUUUGACUCAGUAGGGGGUGUUCACCGGUAUUCACGUGCCUUCAAGGACGUAGUCGAUGCCUGUCUGGUAAAAGAUCCCUCCAAACGUCCAACGGCUGCGAAGUUGCUUCUCGCCCCAUUUUUCAAGUCUUCCAAGAAGAAAUCCUAUCUGGUCAGCACAAUAUUGGACGGCCUCCCACCCCUUACAAUGCGCCAAGAACGUCUCAGACACCAUUCAAUCACCGUUACUCAUCGAACAGUGGAAUCGUGGGACUUCAACUCUACAGAGAUAAAUUCAUCAGGGGGUGUAUCCGUCAGGGAAAGCCUUGACGUUGGAUCAGACGAUCAUCACCAGUUGACUCGGCCAGUACAUUCAAGAUUGGAGCUUUCACACGGUAUCAAGGAAGAAACAGCGCCAAUCAUGCCUAAUUUAGACUCGACAGCCAUCAACGUCGAUGCUCGUACUGUUGAAAACGAGAAGAUGGUUCAGUUUCUUCUUUCAGGUCCCCACGCUGGAUACGGGGAAUCCAGGUCUUCAAGUUUGGAUGCAUCAUUUGCUGCAUCACCACCUGCAUAUGUGCCUAAACCAGGUUCCGUACCUGGGCCUCAUCCUAUUCAUAUUCCAAAGCGAACGUCAUCUAAUGUUCGUAUUUCACCUUUCUCGUAUCGCAAAGACGGCACGGCAUCUUCCCCCACCUCUGCAUCAUCAGUAUCUCCGAAACUUUGGCAGCGCUUGACCCACGCCACUUCCCGAAAUGCCAUAAACGAAGAGCCACCUGCCAAAGAGAAGACAAUGAGCGGGGUUUCACGUAUACUGAGCAGACGCAGCUCCGCUGCCUUGGCUCAACAUCCUACCGUCUCGUAA